GGCGGCGCCAGGUAUGGCGGAGUUACCGGGGGGCAGCGGGCGCUCAUCCACCCCCAUCCGCGGCCCGGCGGGCGGUGGGGGCGGCCAAGGGCCGCGGGGGGCUGUGGCGAGGGGCCGGCGGCACUGCGGCCCUCGCUUGGGCCGGCGGCGGGUCCAGAGCUGCGCGGCGGGGAGGCCGGGCCUGCGCUGAGGGGCUCCCGAGAGGAGCCCGCGUCUCCGGGGCCGCAGCGAGCUGGUGCUGGGGGCUGCGGCGCUGAGCCUCGCCUCCUCCCGGCCCGGCGCCCGAGGAGCGCCAGGCUCGGCAGCGGGGAUUGCGCUGCGGGGGAUGCCGGGGCCUCCUUGCGGCCUUGUUCCCUUGCGCCGCUGUGCAAACGGGGUUCUGCGGGUUUCGCUGCCUUCGUCGCGCUGUGCGGGGCCCGGAGAAGGUUCCGGUCUUGGCCUGGAGUGUGGUUAAUACAGCUUGCUGUCAGGUGUAAAAAAUGGUUCAGCGCCUGACUUACCGCCGUAGGUUGUCCUACAACACAGCUUCCAACAAGACCAGACUGUCCCGAACACCCGGGAACAGGAUUGUUUACCUUUACACCAAGAAAGUGGGGAAGGCACCAAAGUCAGCAUGUGGUAUCUGCCCAGGAAGACUUCGUGGUGUUCGUGCUGUGCGUCCUAAAGUUCUUAUGAGGCUGUCAAAAACAAAGAAGCACGUUAGCAGAGCCUAUGGUGGUUCCAUGUGUGCUAAGUGUGUCCGUGACAGAAUCAAAAGAGCUUUUCUUAUUGAAGAGCAGAAGAUUGUUGUGAAAGUGUUGAAGGCACAGGCACAGAGCCAGAAGUCAAAGUGAAUCUAUUUGCAGUUUCAGCCCAAUAAAUGAAAGCUCCACUUUU